GUUUGUCCUUGACUCAAGACAUCUGUCAAAAAGGGAAGCAUUGCUAUUCGCCUGUCAGUGCAUGCAGUAACUUCACGUGACGUAAACUUUCCUAUUAUGGCUCAUCUAAGCUCACCGAGGAGCUGUUAAUGCUAUGAUCUGAUAGGACAGUAGAGGCCGGUGCCCCAUCUUUCUCAUUAUCCUAAUGACUGAUGAAAGGAUAUCACAAGUGCAAAGAACAGGAUGUCUCGCUGAUCUUGGUCUACUACCAACUUAUAAGUUCUUGAAAAUGGAACCAACAAUCCUCCAAGAAGGACGCUUUGAGCCAUACUCUCCUGGAGUCAUUGAUCUUGAAGAGUUCCUCGACAUUGAGCGUCUCUGUGAGGGAACUUCAACACCCUCAAAAUCAGCCCACCCUCUUCCACCUUUAAACGAGAUCCCUAUCCCUGCUGCCACUAGCAAACAGCAAUGUUCCGAAAAGAAGAGACAAGAUGAUACACAACGUGGCUAUGAGAGGAAUCUAUCAUUUAGUCAGCCAAGGCGCAAAGGAAUUCGUUCAACUGUCUCAGUCCCUGAAUAUUCCGUCAUAUGUUUCCCCUCUAACCCCACCAAGCCCGAUGGUAUCAAGAAGAAGAGAAAGGACUUUGAUGAAAAAAGGAGGCUUGAAGUUGCUCGAGUCCGGAAAACUGGUGCUUGCUUCAGAUGCAAAGUUCGAAGAAUAUCUUGUGGCGUAGGGGCUCCAUGUCAAGCAUGUGAAAAAGCGGCUGGUAUUCUUGGAACUCAGUUAUGUAUCCGUGAGAAGUUGACGAAAAUGAGAUUCAGCUCAGGAGAUCUUCACUAUAUCGAUUAUACUGCGAGGUUACUGAACCAGGAGCUUAUCGUAGGCACAACUCAUCUUGGGCCACAUCGAAAAGUCUCCUUGUCCAUGGACUACCUUGACAAUCCAGCUCUAGAGGUUGAAGUUCAGGAUUAUUAUGGAAACACAACACCACCAUGGUUCUGUUGCUGGGUCGUGACAGACCAAGUCGGCGAGCAAGUCGAAUCAUACCGCCAAGAAAGCGCCCGCUAUGCCUUACCGCAGCUUCUUCCACCAAGCCAACUGAUUGACUGGGUCGAAAGAAUGGUUGUUCACCAGGAUACCCGCUGUAUAGGCUUUCAGCAAACCGUGGAUUCAUUCAUCUUGAGGUACAGUCAAUCGGAAGCAUCCCUGCCUAUGUGCGCGUUUGUCCGCAAAGUACACAGGCUCAAUUGCCUGACCAAAAUCCGCUUGGGUCUCAUUCUUUGCGUGGAAAGGGAAGGGAGUAUGACUCCGCCAUCUUGUGCGUUGCAUACCCAGUUUGGCCAGAUCUCAAAAGCGGCCUCCCAACCAAUAGAGAAAGAGGUUCUUCUUGAGCUCGAGAAGGUUGUCUUCGGUACAGUAGGUAUUGGGCCUGAUAACUCAAUCGCCCUCUGGGCUAGCCUCUGGUGCCUGAUACUGAUGUAUCGGAAACUGGUCCACACGUAUAUGGCCUUCCAAGAAUUUCCUUGCCAUGUGCCUGAAGAUUACAGCGGAUUUCCAGAGUGCAAGUUAGAAGUCGGGACGCACUUUUAUCACUAUCUCGUAUCUAUCUACGCAGCCCUAUUCCGCGUAACUAGUCCGCUCUAUGCCGACUUCCGGGUAGCUGCAACACGCAAGCUUCUCAACGAUGACGAGUCUCUCAUCGAAGCCUUCAUGAGCUUACGCACUGAAAGCUUCUAUUUACGUUAGUGGCUUUAAUUUUAUUUGUGGAACAAGAGCUGACUGUUUCUUAGAAAGAGAGUCCAUGUCCAUGUCAGCAUCACACGAUCAAUUGCUGCGCAGAAUGAUACUGGAUCGAGAAGCGGGGCUGAAACCGAAACAACUAAACAUAAAGUGAUUGUUCCUGUUGCUCAUGUGUUUUUGUUCAGUUGGUUGUGUAGGCUUAGGUAUUGUUAACAUCAAACCGUACGAAUGAUAUUACGUUUCAUAGGCAACCCGAAUGGUUACCAUAACAUCCAAGUCAGCAAGCAACCGUCUAGACAAGCAGUAUAUUCAAUAAACCUUACACAAUCUGCUCAUGA